CAUGAACUAAUAACUAUAUGUAUAUAUUAGUUUUAAGGAAUUUGUAUUAUUAGAAAGUAAAAGUAAAUAAUAGAUUAUUAUUAAUUGUAUUAGAAAGUAUAACACUAGAAACAUUGUUAAUUGUAUUGUUAAUUGAUUAUUAUUUCUAAUAAAAAGGGACCUGACCACUCACUCGGUGGUCAGUGUACAAUCGAUGAAUGUUACAUUAUAGUUAUUAUUUUGACUCUUCUCGAUUACACUUAUCCGCGUGGGCAAAUUGGACGUAGAAACCCCAGUUUACCACAUAUUAUUUGGCAUCCCUGGUAAAUUCGUUCAAUUGGACAUCUCGUAUUAUUUGGCAUCCCUGGUAAAUUCGUUCAGUUGGACAUCUCGUAUUAUUUGGCAACCUUGAAAAAUUGGCUCAAUUAGAUACAUCAUACUAUUUGGAAUCUCCGGCAAAUUCGUUCAGUUGGACACCACAAGAAAUUGGCAAAUUAUUGAAACCAUCUCAAGAGAUCUAACAUUGGCACUUUCAACAAUAAUUGAAAAAUGAAAUAUUUGUUUUUCGUGGCUCUUUUCUGGUAAAUACAAUUAUUUUAGUAUAGUUAUUUUAGUUUAAGCAAUAAAUAGAAUAAGUUUUUACUUUGUAAAAUACUGCUAUUGGUAAAAUUUCUUUAAAAAUUUUUUUUUUACGAACCUUACAAAAAAAAUUAACAAAAAAAUAAUGGCUACACAAAAUAAUUUUUCUAUUUUCGAAUUAGCUCAAUUAAUAGGCGAACCUUUUGAAGGCAAAUCUAAUACUUUAAAUAAUUUCAUAAAUGCUGUAAAUGAUGCUUAUAUUAUGGCUACGGCUGAACAGCAUAGACAACUGUUUUUAGCCAUUAAGCUGAAAAUUAAAGGCAAAGCUAGAGAAUUAAUUGACUCUGUAGAAAUAAAAGACUGGUCGGAACUUAAAAUCCUUCUUAUUGAAAAUUAUGGAGAAGAAAUUCGUCCAGAUCAACUUUGUGUUGAAUUACAAACCAUUAAACGGAAUAAAAAUGAAAAAAUUAACGAUAGAGUAGAAAAAUUAGAAUUUAAACUUUAUCAGGCUUAUACUUACAAAUUAACUUGUAAAAUAAAAAAAUCAGCCAUUAGGGAUAUGUGUGAAGAUCAGGCCUUAGGCGCAUUUAAAAGAGGUCUUCACAAUAACCAAAUUAAAAUUAUCGUGUUAGCUAAUAAUCCGAAAACUGUAAGUGAUGCAAUCGCAAUUGCUAAACAAGAAGAAUUAACGCUUAAUACUGAAAAUAAUUUAGCUAAGUAUUCUUUUAAUUCAAAUAAUCCUAAUAACUCUUGUAAAAUUUGCCAUAAAAAUAAUCAUAGUACAUCAAGUUGUUUUUUUCGUAAUAAUAACAAUACAAAUAAUUCUCAAAAUACUCAGAAUUUUAAUAAUAACUCUAAUAAAUUUAGUAAUAAUAAAAAUAACAAUAAAAAAUUCUGCACUUAUUGCAAGAAAAAUUUUCAUACUCGAGAUGAAUGUUAUAAAUUAAAAAAUUCUAAUAAGAACGAACCUAGUACUAGUAAAAAAUUUAAUUUUAAUGAUUCUAAACAAAUAUCUUCCGUAAAUACAUCUCAAAAUGAUAUACCUUAUUGCAAAAUUUUUUCAUCAGAUUUGAAUAAAAAUGUUACAUUUAUGAUUGAUAGCGGAGCACAAGCUAGUUUAAUUAAAAUAGGAGAUUUACCUAAAGGACAUAGGUUGGAUCAUUUAAAUGACGAAGAAAAAUCGUCUAUUAAUUCGUUUAAUGAAAAUAAAAUAAUAUUUGAUAACAAUUUAGCAAAAAUCUCCCAGUCCAUAUCUGGCUUACAGAAUAUUACAGCUGAUUCGGUAGAUUUUGAAAAUAUUAUGAUUACCCAAUCCUUAGUUGAGAAUAAUAUUAUAUCUCUAGAUAAAACCAUAAGUAAAUUAAUUUUAGCCAUUAUUUUUUCUCAGAGGAAUCAAUUACAUCCUAUAGUAAUAAAACCAGAACAAUUUUUAAACGAGAUAAACCAUAUUUUAACUAAAAUACCUAAUAACCUUCAAGUACCAAUAAAUGUAAACCUUGAUAACAUUAACGAAAUAUUUAAAAUUUUAGAAAUUAAGACUAUAUAUAAUAAUAAUAAACUAAUUUUUAAAAUUAAGUUACCGUUAAGUAGUAUUAAUAAUUAUAUAAUUUAUCACAUUGUACCAAUAUUUAUUCCUUUUAAUAAUCAAAACCAAUUUAUUCAUCUUACAAAAAAUGUCAAAUAUCUUUUUACGGAUAAUCUAAUAUCGCACUAUAUCAAAUUCGACAGCCUUAGUAAUUGUCAAUUAUUAAAUAAUGUGUUUGUUUGCAAAAGUGACGCGUUCUUUUCCGGUACAGACAAGGUCCCUAUAUGCGAAACGGACCUAUUAAAUAAUAAAUAUAGCCUGCCGUCGACUUGUGAUGUUUAUAUAUCACAAAUUAGCUCGGAAAGUUGGUAUCACUCCUACUUCCCAAAUAAUUGGUAUUUUGUCAUGGUAAAGGAUACCGUAGUAACUAUAUCAUGCAAUGCACACACUAUAGUUGAAAAAAUAAUUAUAAAUAAAAGUGGAAUGCUAUCCCUAAAAGAGAACUGCAUGGCAAUAACACCAUCAGUUACUCUUGAGGCUACUCAGUCUCAAUUAGAAUCAAAAUUUGAGUUGAUACCUUUGGAGUUUAGUCUAUUGAACUCAAGUUGUUGCAAUUAUAUACAUAAUAGAAUUGCACAAAAACCCAUACACCUCGAAAGAAUGGAAAAUGUGAAACUCGACCAGGCAGCCCUUAAUAAAUUAAAUGAACAAUUAUCUUACCAAGAACGCAUCGUCGACUUAUUAGCAAACAAACACGUUUACGAAUUUUAUAACGAUAAUAAGUUUAUAAUAAAUUUACUUUUUAAAACCUUCGGAUUACUAUUAGUGGUAGUAAUUGUAUAUAUUUAUAUAAAAUAUUGUAAGAAAAAACCCGUUAAUAACCAACCCACAAUAGAAUUAGAACCUUUAAACUUAGAAGAAAAUCCAAUUGUAAAUAGACAAGAAAGAUUUAUUUAUAAUACUAGAUUUAGACGUAGGUUACUAGAAAAUUUAACAUAAAAUUAUCUGUAUUUUAAUUAAAUAUAAUAAAUAAUAUAUUUUAAAAUUGUAAGAAAUAAUAUCUGAAGAUAUUAUUUCUCUUUAAGGGUGAUGGUGUCAUGAACUAAUAACUAUAUGUAUAUAUUAGUUUUAAGGAAUUUGUAUUAUUAGAAAGUAAAAGUAAAUAAUAGAUUAUUAUUAAUUGUAUUAGAAAGUAUAACACUAGAAACAUUGUUAAUUGUAUUGUUAAUUGAUUAUUAUUUCUAAUAAAAAGGGACCUGACCACUCACUCGGUGGUCAGUGUACAAUCGAUGAAUGUUA